CCCGGACGGUGUUUCCGGGUACACAGCGCCUCUCCCUCUCUGGGUGGCUCCAUCUCCGCUCUCUCCGGUUCACCUCGGGAUCCUCGCAGGAAGCUUAAAAUAUUGCCACCAUGACCGACUCGAAGUAUUUCACCACUAAUAAAAAAGGAGAGAUAUUUGAAUUGAAGGCUGAACUGAAUAAUGAAAAGAAAGAGAAAAGAAAAGAAGCAGUUAAGAAAGUCAUUGCUGCAAUGACAGUUGGCAAGGAUGUGAGUUCACUUUUUCCAGAUGUGGUGAACUGUAUGCAGACUGACAACCUGGAGUUAAAGAAGCUGGUUUAUCUCUACCUCAUGAACUACGCCAAGAAUCAGCCUGACAUGGCCAUCAUGGCUGUCAACAGCUUUGUUAAGGAUUGUGAAGAUCCCAACCCCUUGAUUAGAGCUCUGGCAGUCCGUACGAUGGGAUGCAUACGUGUGGACAAAAUAACAGAGUAUCUUUGUGAGCCGCUUCGCAAGUGUCUGAAAGAUGAAGAUCCGUACGUCCGGAAAACAGCUGCUGUCUGUGUGGCCAAACUGCAUGAUAUCAAUGCUCAGAUGGUCGAGGAUCAAGGCUUCCUGGAUUCACUGCGAGACCUAAUUGCUGACUCAAACCCCAUGGUGGUUGCGAAUGCUGUGGCAGCACUGUCUGAGAUUAGUGAAUCCCACCCCAACAGUAACCUGCUCGACCUCAAUCCUCAGAACAUCAACAAACUCAUCACUGCUCUCAAUGAAUGUACCGAGUGGGGUCAGAUCUUCAUACUUGACUGCCUUUCAAAUUACAACCCCAAGGAUGAACGUGAGGCACAGGGUAUCUGUGAACGUGUGACCCCACGACUUUCUCACGCAAACUCUGCGGUUGUGCUUUCGGCUGUCAAAGUGCUGAUGAAGUUUAUUGAGCUUCUGCCUAAGGAUUCUGAAUAUUACAACACCAUUCUGAAGAAGUUGGCUCCACCUCUUGUCACCCUUCUGUCUGGGGAGCCAGAGGUUCAAUAUGUCGCCUUGAGAAAUAUUAAUCUUAUUGUACAGAAAAGGCCUGAAAUUCUGAAGCAGGAGAUAAAGGUAUUCUUUGUGAAGUACAAUGAUCCAAUCUAUGUGAAACUGGAGAAACUGGACAUCAUGAUCCGCCUGGCCUCUCAGGCGAACAUAGCCCAGGUCCUGGCAGAGCUGAAGGAAUAUGCCACCGAAGUUGAUGUUGACUUUGUACGGAAAGCAGUUCGUGCCAUUGGCCGCUGUGCCAUCAAAGUUGAGCAAUCUGCUGAACGCUGUGUGAGCACUCUGCUUGAUCUCAUCCAGACAAAAGUGAAUUAUGUCGUCCAGGAGGCUAUUGUGGUCAUAAGGGACAUCUUCCGCAAAUAUCCCAACAAGUAUGAGAGCAUCAUUGCAACCUUGUGUGAAAAUUUAGAUUCUCUUGAUGAACCAGAUGCACGGGCAGCCAUGAUCUGGAUUGUGGGUGAAUACGCAGAGCGGAUUGACAACGCUGAUGAACUGUUGGAAAGCUUUCUGGAUGGCUUCCAUGAUGAAAGUACCCAGGUGCAAUUGACCCUGCUUACGGCAAUUGUGAAAUUGUUCUUGAAGAAGCCAACCGAUACUCAGGAGCUGGUCCAGCAGGUCCUCAGUCUGGCAACCCAGGAUUCUGAUAAUCCUGAUCUCCGUGACCGUGGUUAUAUAUACUGGCGCCUGCUGUCCACAGACCCUGUGGCUGCAAAAGAAGUAGUGUUGUCUGAAAAGCCACUAAUUUCUGAAGAGACUGAUUUGAUAGAACCGACCCUGCUGGAUGAGCUCAUCUGUCACAUCGGGUCAUUGGCAUCUGUUUACCACAAACCUCCAAAUGCAUUUGUGGAGGGUAGCCACGGGAUCCAUCGCAAGCACCUGCCAAUGCAACUUGGAGGAAUUGAGCCUGAUAGUCCAGUUGGGCCAACCCCUGCAGCAAACUUGACUUUGGAGCAACAGCCUCAAGUUAUUCCAUCCCAAGGUGACCUUCUGGGUGACCUGCUGAACCUUGACCUGGGUCCCCCUGUCAAUGUACCACAGAUGUCUUCAAUGCAGAUGGGAGCUGUGGAUCUUCUGGGAGGUGGACUAGACAGUCUGCUUGGGGGCGAUCUUGGCGGGCCUACUGGUGGGAGUCCAGCGGUUGGUCAAAGCUUUAUACCAUCUUCAGUGCCAACUACAUUUGGGCCCUCCCCAACUCCUGCUGUGCCGAGCAGUGGCCUGAGUGAUCUGUUUGAACUCUCAUCUGGAAUUGGAAUGGCAGCUGGCGGUUAUGUGGCUCCCAAAGCUGUAUGGUUACCUGCAGUGAAAGCGAAAGGUUUGGAGAUUGCUGGCACCUUUUCCCGACGGCAGGGUCACAUUUACAUGGAAAUGAACUUCACAAACAAGGCUCUACAGCACAUGGUUGACUUUGCCAUUCAGUUCAAUAAGAAUAGCUUUGGUGUGAUCCCCACAACUCCACUUCCAAUUCACACUCCAUUGAUGCCAAAUCAGAGCAUUGAGGUCUCCUUACCACUGAAUACCAUUGGGCCAGUGAUGAAAAUGGAGCCACUGAAUAACCUUCAGGUUGCUGUGAAAAACAACAUUGACGUCUUCUAUUUCAGUUGUCUGGUUCCACUCAAUGUGCUGUUUGUGGAGGAUGGGAAAAUGGAGCGCCAGGUCUUCCUUGCCACUUGGAAAGACAUCCCCAAUGAAAAUGAGCUUCAAUUUCAAGUUAAAGACUGCCAUCUAAAUGCAGACAUGGUAUCCAGUAAAUUGCAGAAUAGCAAUGUGUUUACCAUUGCAAAGAGGAAUGUGGAAGGCCAGGACAUGUUGUACCAAUCCUUGAAGCUAACCAAUGGGAUCUGGAUGUUGGCAGAGUUACGCAUUCAACCUGGAAACCCUAACUAUACGCUGUCUUUGAAGUGCAGAGCACCGGAGGUUUCACAUUACGUCUACCAAGUCUAUGACACGCUCCUCAAAAACUGAAGAUCAGAACAAGCUCCCCCAACAUGAUGGAAGUAAAUGUCUUAUUACACUCCAUUCAGCAAGUACCACGGUCUGUGCAUAUGUGAAAUGGAUCGUAAACAAAAUAUACUUUUUUUUAUGGAAAUGUACUGAUUAAAUGGUGAAAUUUACAAUUGUAUAUGUUUAAUCAAAGUUGUCAACCAGUCUGUUUUUGGUGCCAGACAUUUGUAUUCUGUUCACUUUCUUCCUAAACAAAAACCACUGUUGAGACCACUAUUUCAAGGCGAUGUUAUUCCAUCUGAUAUGUUUGUUGUGUGCCAAGUUUGUUCUGUUUUAAUGAUUGCUUUAAACGCUACUUACAAUUAAUUAGGCUAUCAAAUUCGGGAGAGCAUAUAGUUCCCUGUAAGAAAAAUUAAAUGUUGAGGGGGCGUCUUAACUAGAGGAGGGGCUAUGUUAAGAGGCAAAUACAGAGACCUGAAGUAAACUCUUGAAGUUCUUUCCCUACAGAAGAUUUUUUUUGUGUUUUUCAGUUGUUAGAGUUGCACUUAUUUGCAUCUCUACAGAAUGUCCUUUCAGAUGUUCAUUCAAUUCCACUGCAGAAUCUUUGCAAGUUUUCCAACAGCUUCAUGUAGCUGCUCCUAUAGAGAAGCUCGAAUUACCAUUGGCAGCCUCCCAUGCUCAUUUUUGAUUGGACAUCCUACUGUCUUUGAGGCUGGUAUUUCUUGCUGAAACUGCUGACCUUUCAAAGUUUUUUUUUGGUGAAAAUAUUGUAUUACUGCUGAAACUUGUGGAAUUUCCUACUUUGGGAACACCCUCAAAAGUUCUCCACUUCUAAGAGGUUUAUUUGCAGUUACAAUUGUAAAUGGUAUCCUACAUUAUGUGGUAUUCUACACUGUCCUCAUAGAAGGUUUCCAAUUUUUGUAAAUGAUUUGCUCUCAUUGCAGUUUUUUUAAAAACUCCAUCACGUUCUCAAUAAACUGUUUGUCAACAUAAUAA